UGCAUGCUGCUGACUCAUGGCUUCCAGACAAUGGUGCCAAUCGAUUGUCUGGAUGCGGCGUUCGCUAUAAAAAAGGCUUAAAUCCAGGAUAGGAUUGCUAUAGCAUCAGUCAAUGUAAUCAGCCACCAUGCACGGCAAGAUCAUCUUUUACGAGGACAAGAACUUCCAGGGUCGCUCCUAUGAGACCAGCAGCGACUGCGCUGACAUGGCCUCCCACCUGAGCAGGUGCCAUUCCUGCAAGGUGGAGAGCGGCUGCUUCAUGGUGUACGACCGUCCCAACUACAUGGGAAACCAGUACUUCAUGAGGAGGGGCGAGUACUCUGACUACCAGCGCAUGAUGGGAUUCGGUGACUGCAUCAGGUCCUGCCGUAACAUCCCCAUGCACAAAGGGUCCUACAGAGUCAGGCUCUAUGAGGGGGAGAACUUCGGAGGUCAGAUGUACGAGCUGAACGAGGACUGCGACAACAUCCAGGAUCGCUACCACAUGCCCGACUGCCAGUCCUGCAACGUGAUGGACGGCCACUGGCUGAUGUACGAGCAGCCCCACUACAGAGGCAGGAUGAUGUACCUGAGGCCCGGAGAGUACAAGAGCUUCAGGGAGAUGGGAUACGAUGGAAUGAGAUUCAGCUCCAUCAGACGCAUCACUGACUCCUGUUAACUUUAAUCAGUAAAAGCAAAAUUCAAAAAUAAAGCAAUUCUCAUAUUCAACAUGG